AUGAUUUUAACGUUUAAAAUAAUUGUGGCUUUAACAAUAAGUAGUUUAACUGAAGUGCAAACAUUAAAUAUAUUGGGAGUUUUUCCUCUACCCGCUAAAAGUCAUUUCUUCGUUUUUGCUCCGUAUUUAAGGGAACUGGCAAAUAGGGGCCAUAAUGUGACCGUUAUAUCAUUUUACCCUCAAAAGGAUCCUACAGCAAACUAUCAUGACAUAAACUUAAGUGAAAAUUCACAAGCUCUUCAAGUAAGUCAUCCAGUAAACAAAUCUCUGUUCGUAGUUUUUCUUUCUCUAACUCUACUCCAAGCUCUUGCAGGACCUUUUACUUGUAGAAUGUUAUUUGAAGAUGAAAAUGUGCAAAAUUUAUGGAUAACACAAGCUAAGUUUGACUUGGUUGUUGUGGAACAAUUUAAUAGUGACUGUGGUUUGGCUUUAGCACAUGUUUUAAGAGCACCUGUUAUAGGAAUAACUUCUCAUACACUAAUGCCAUGGCAUUACAGUAGAUUCGGAGUUCCGUACAAUCCAUCUUAUGUUACAUUUGAUUUCCUUGAAGGUGGAACACACCCAACCUUUUUUCAAAGAAUCUUUAGGACAAUUUUAUAUAACCACGUCAAUUUUGUAUUUCAUCAUGUAACUCAUCCAUUAGAACAAAAUAUUAUAAGCGAAUUUUUUAAUGACGUACCUCCGCUAAAGGAUCUGGCAAAAAAUAUAAAGUUGGUUCUCGUAUAUCAGAACUUUAUGCUCUCUGGUUCAACUUUAAUGCCAUCUAAUAUUAUUGAAGUUGGUGGCUAUCAUGUAGCAAAAGCGAAACCAUUACCUGAUGAGUUACGAAAGUUUAUCGAAGACUCCGAACAUGGUGUAAUAUAUAUCAGUUUUGGUACUUUAUUGAAAGCAUCCACAUUGCCAUCUGAUACUUUACAAGAAAUAAUAAACGCCUUAGAGGAAUUACCUCAGCGAGUUAUUUGGAAAUGGAACAAGAAAACGCUACCUGGCAACCCUAAAAACAUUUAUGUAGCUAAAUGGUUGCCACAGAAUGAUAUAUUAGCUCAUCCAAAGGUCUUAGCGUUUUACUCACAUUGUGGUUUAUUAGGCACCACAGAAGCUAUAUACCAUGGCGUACCAAUAGUCGGUAUGCCAAUUUAUGGGGAUCAACCCACAAAUGCCGCAGCUAUAGAAGAGAGCGGUCUUGGUGUACAAUUACAAUACGAGCUUCUGACUAAAAAUUAUCUUCUUGAGAAAUUUAAAACUGUCCUUGAACCUAAAUUUCGUGAAAAAGUCAAACUCUUGUCUAAAGCAUGGCACGAUCGUCCAGUAAAAGCAAUGGAUGCUGCAAUUUUCUGGACGGAGUUCGCAGCUCGCCAUCAGAAUUUCACAUUCAGAUCACCGGCGGCUGAUGUUCCUCUUUAUCAAUACUUUUGCUUAGAUAUAUAUGCGAUUUUGUUAAUAUUUUUCAUUGUCACUAUUGCAGUUGUCAAAUAUUUAAUUACAAUACUAGUGAAAAAUGUAUUUUGUUCAUCGAAAGAUUUAUCGGGUAAUGGUGUGAGAAAGGUCAAGGUCAAUUGAUUGAAUUAAUAAAUUACCAAAUACGAAUUAAUAAAUCUUAUUAUUAUUUUGUUAUUGUAAGGUAAAUCAGGAAUGGAUUUACAUCCUUCUUAUUUUAUGGGACAUACUAGCUGAACGCGCCCACGUCGCUAGGCAU